AUAAGCGUAAGUGUAGCGAGGGACCGGAUAUUCUCGACUUGCCCGUCAAAUAGUCAAAGCCUGGGCAUCUAUGAAGAUAUCGGUCUUCAACGAUAUUAGACACUAGGACCACUGCAGUGAAUCGUCUCAGUAACCCCGGCUUGACUGCCUUGCAUAUGCAUAUGCAUGGUGUCGCGUAUGGAUCGAUGAACAUUCACGCUGCUUGAUUGGCAGCACUAGUACAGGAGCGUUUUGCAGGCGUUCUGGCCGCGUAACUACUAAGCCGUGCUGCCGCAGCAGACUCAAAAAUGGGCGCUUGUACUAUUGUGCCACUCGCGUUGCCCUAUGUAGCUCGACCUGAGCGUCACGCUUUGUCCUUGUCUCGUCUAGAUCUAUUGUUCACCGCGAUAGGGUAGGUUGCCUAGGUAUUCCCACGAUUAGAUACCAUUGCGCGCCUCCACUAGCUUCUUGUCCACUCCUUGUCUUCCCCAACCAUCAUAACUCCACGAACGAAAUCUCACCAGGAUCGCUCCGCCACUUGCACGCAUGGACGCAGUAUCAUUGAGAAAAUUACCUCGCAAGGCACUACAGCGUCUCGCAAAGACUAACGGCAUCAAGGCGAACCUCAAGUCCGAGGACAUCAUAGAACUCCUGCUGAAGAAGCAGGAAGCACAACCGUCGGCGCAUUCGCCGCAACAUAUUGCGACCGCCACCUCCAAGGCGGGACAGAGACAGUCUUCAGAGGAACCACCACAACAUGGCAAUCCGGAUCCCGCUCGUUUAUCUGAUCCUCUAAAUGAUCCUGGUGUCGGUACGUGUUCCGCAGAGCGUCACGACUAUCACGGCCUCAUGCAUAUCAAAGAUCCUAGGGGUCCACCAGCCUCAAUGUCGCAUGAGCCUUCCGUGCUAUCCGAAACAACAGGAGAUCGUCCGCCACGAGAUGGACGGCUAUACGUUCCACCGCCCUCCGGUUCAUACGCGUUGCCAUCGUUCCAACACCUCGUUUCUACCCUUCCGGGACCUGGGCACGGACCGUCGCACUACAUACCGCAAGCACACACUCUAAAUGUUUUCGACGUGUCAUCUGCCAGUCGAGCUCUGUGGCCUUAUGCAAACCCGAGGCCCCCCGAGCCCUCUCCAACCAGUGAUUCCCACUCCCCUCAAGAGGCUUACCCAGCGAGCCUCCCGAACUCGACCGAAUAUCCCAAAGGACCGUAUCCAUCUACUGCUUUCACAAGCGACGUCUACGGUUUUUCCUUGUCAUCUUCGCACCACGGCUCGCAGCAGGCUGCAGAUCGAUACAUUCCGCCGUUGGAUGCGGGAGCAUCCGCAUCCACCAAUACACGUGCCGCACCAAUUGCUGGUGGUUCUGAUAUCGGGCCAAGCUACAGACCUCGCAACCCAACCCCUACAGAGGAGUACGACAGUCUUCUAGGGGGACCAGCAUUCACAGAGCCUGGUAGCGAUUAUGUGGAGGAGUGGACUCCUUAUACCUGCGAGAUGUCCGCGGGACCCAGCGAUCGCCAACCUAGACCCUCCGCUGCUGAGCGACCCAUGCAGUCACCUGCAUUUCCCCUCACUCAAGCUGUCUUCGAGCCUCCGGCUCGCCCCGCAUAUCCUCCCCGUGACAGCCCUGUCUUCCGUCCUCCCUCCACUCCCCAGAGUCGCGCCCAAGCACGUCCUCCCGCCCAACCUCUCCCCGUGCCAACCAUUCAACCACCUCAGGUAGCAGUGGAGUCCCACCAAGGCGAAGCGCAGGCUGAGGAGGAAAUCGACUGGGCAACUGAUGAAGAACUGCACAGUAUGGUCUCGAAGAUGGCGACGUUGGCGAGGCACAUGAAAGCUCGUUGGGAUGACAUCGAACCGAUGAUGUUGGAGUGCAACCGCACCGGGAAGUCCGUUCUGCGCCUGCGGACGAUUCUGCGACAGGAACGGGCGAGGUUCGACAGAAUGAGGGAGUACUUGGGACAUCUGAACGUCAGGCUAUCACCGGACUGGGUCGAGGAGGAGAUCUGGGACAAAGCCUGUCCUGUGCGUGCCGACAAGGAUGGGAAUAUAAUCGAGAUCGAGACGGACGACGAGGAAGAAGCUGAGUGGAGGAGGAAGCAUCCGCGGCCCUACAACGCUCAGCCGACGGAGAUUAUUAUGAAGAAGUAUGCUCCAGUUGUCUCAGUUGAAGACUCGCUCGAAGAUCUCGAGACCAUCGUUCCCCGCGCUGCCAUCGCUUUCGCACGACUACACGAGGGAUCUAACAUCCAGAGCCGACAAGAGCCUCUUCCUCAGACCCCAAAGCGUCGUCGUGAUGGCGGUGACCCUGGCCGGGCAGCAAAGAGGACUCGAGGCUCUGCGGGAAGAACACCUGCACCGAAGGCCUUUCUGGCCGGCAAUGGAGCGGGUGCGAUGGAAAGGGAGCGGCAACAGCGCAAGAGUCUCUCUCUUGCAGAAAUAGUCGAAGAAGAAGAGGAUAUGGAGAUGACAAGCGUCGUGACCAUGCUCAACCAGCCGAUAUACAGCUCAGAUCGUAGUGUGUGAGAAGCGGGGUCGUCGCUCGUUAUUGUUGGAGCGUGCCAUACUUGUACCAUCUUGUAUCUUGUCAUGUCUGGCAUACGACACCUUCUGUAUGUAUACCGUACGACCCGAAGUCAUCAAUUGAAGCACUGACGAGCGCAUUGACGCCAUCAGAAGAGGGUUGAAGACACCGUCGACGUCCAUCUGUGUUCAGUAGGCGUAGGCAUACUCAGAAGCUGAUUCUUCCUCGCCAGACGCGUACUCCGCCCCGAGUCCAUAUAGGUCCGACGCACCAUCCCCACCUAUGUUCAGCCUAUUGAACUCCCCUAACAAGCGAUCGCGAGCAUAGUUAUCCCGAAUGACGAUACGGGAUGCAAGGUCUUCAACCGCUAUUAUGGGUAUACUCGCGCCAUGAAGCAUUGUGGCCAUCGCACCGUAGGCAGAGGGAUAGUCAAGGACCGUGUCUUCUAAAGUUAUGAUCUCCGCUUCGAAUAUUUUGAUGGAGCAGGGGUCUUCCGCGAGCACUCGGCGGAUGGAAGGAGUCGAAAGGAGAGAAGCGACCGCCGCGGCAUCUGCUUCAUCGCCUGAGCCCAUCGCGGCAGAGAUGAAUGUCGC